CUGCCCAAAUUUCGCGCUGAUUAUUUGUGUGUGUGUUUCAUCUUGUUGUGUACAUUACUCAGAUCCCUAUCCCUUUUAUUUCUGUUCCAUUUUUCCUCUUUAUUUUCUAAUUUUGGGUGUUAUUUAUUCCAUAUAGAUUUUUAAUUAUAAUUUUGAUCAUCUUCCAAAAGAGGGAACUCGUUUUUGAAAACCCUAAGCAGAAGGAAGAAAUCGAAGUGAUUUGAGCCACUGCUUCUGCUUCGCCGCCAACCAUGAAGGGUUUUAGCCUCCCUCUCCAUUGACGCAGACUAUAAUCUACAACGCACACAAAAAUCAAAGAGAAGCAACGAUGUUCCCAGGCAUGUUUAUGCGCAAACCAGACAAGGCGGCAGCCUUGAAGCAGUUGAAGGCACACGUAGCCAUGUUUGGGGUGUGGGUAGCUGUUGUUCUCGUCACUCCUUACAUUCUUCAUUACCUCUCUGAUGAAAAAGAAGAGCUCAAGAUUGAGUUCUAGAGGCCAUAUCUCAUUCUUUUUCAGUUGAUCAACAAGAAGAGAAAGGAAUUAGAAUGAAAAGAGUUUGCAAGUUUCAGGUUCCUUUUCUGCUUUAGUAUGAAGUUGAUGCGUAAUCAUAUUAGGUUGUUUAUGUGCUUGCUUGUUAGUCCCUUUAUUGGAAUAAAAUUGUCAUGUAAUUGAAUAUGCAUUCUUCUGGUUAUAUGUUGGAAUUUGGAUUUGGAGAGUUA